AUGUACGUUGGUGGGCCACUUCCAGGCCUGUUCUGUUUUCGCCAAGUGAAAUCUUACCGAUUGGUGGUAUGCGGAGGAGAUGGGACGAUAGGAUGGACCCUCUCCUGCCUCGACAGUGUGGGACAGGAUGCAGCUUGUCCCUCCCCACCCAUCGCUCUACUUCCCCUCGGUACCGGCAAUGACCUUGCCCGAGUUCUCCACUGGGGUGGUGGUUAUACCUCAUCUGAAGCGCCGCUUCGAAUCCUUAAAAAUAUUGCUGCCGCAGAAGAAGUCCGUCUUGAUCGAUGGACAUUGGUAGGUCGUUCUGAUGAGGAAAUGAAAGAUGAAGUAAAAGCAGCUCUGCAUAUUCAAACCAACUCUCAAAAUACCACAGAGGACAAUUCCUUCAUGGUCAUCAUGAACAACUACUUUGGAAUUGGUAUUGACGCUGAUCUUGCUCUGGAUUUCCACAAUGCCCGAUCGGAGAACCCCUCCAAGUUCAAUAGCCGACUACACAACAAAUCGGUAUACUUUAAGAUUGGUCUUCGAAAGAUGGUAAACCGGUCGACAUGCAAGGACCUACAGAAGAAAGUGGUGGUUGAAGUAGAUGGAAAGGUGUUGGACUUACCACCGCUUGAAGGUAUUGUGGUACUCAAUAUCCUAUCUUGGGGCGGAGGAGCUAACCCAUGGGGCCUUGAAAAGGACGAGACUUUCGUCAAGCCCACUCAUUAUGAUGGACUUCUUGAGGUGGUGGGAAUCUGUGGAGUUCUGCAUAUGGGUCAGAUUUAUUCUGGUCUUCGAUCGGGAAUUCGUCUCGCUCAAGCUGCCCAUUUAAAAAUUAUAUUAAAAUCUGAGUUGCCAAUUCAAGUUGACGGUGAACCCUUUGUUCAACCACCGGGUCAAUUAACCGUUCUUCGUUCUGCUCUAAAGGCAACCAUGUUGAAACGAGUGAGCAGAAUAGAUUCCAGUAAAAAGAAUCGCGCGGAUGAACGAUACAAGUCUCCUCUUAGAGUCCCACCACCGCUGUCAACAAACAUGAUGUCAAUACCUUCUUCCCCGCGAUCUACAAUGUCCUCCAGCUUUGCCGGCUUCAGCGAUGACGAACGACUUCAGAGUACGGAUGGAGAUGCUGACGAUGAAAGAGAAGAGAUCGAUAUCAAUUUUUCGCCAUAA